AUUCUUGAAUUGCUGCUUAAUUUGUCAGCCAGCCUUGUAGAAAGAGUUGUGCUUCUUGGAGCGCCCAUUUCUUUUAAAGACGAGAACUGGGAAUCAGCUAGAAAGAUGGUGGCUGGGAGAUUUGUGAAUGCUUACUCUACAAAUGACUGGAUGCUUGGAUUAGCCUUUCGAGCCAGUCUGCUUACUAAAGGAUUAGCUGGGAUUCAACCAAUUGAAGUUCCUGGAAUUGAAAAUGUCAAUGUAACUGAACUCAUAGAGGGUCACUCUUCUUAUCUAUGGGCUACUCAACAGAUCUUAGAACAACUUGAAUUAGAUGCAUAUUACCCAGUUAUCGGAACCCUUAUCAAAUCUUGAUAGUUUGGUUAUUUGAGAGAAUUCGCUUCAAAGUUUUUUUUAUCGGUUUUCAACUUCUCCAAAAUUGUUUUCAACUUCUCCACAAUGCAUCCAUUUAUAUCAUGUAUUGAUUCAUUUACUAUCAAUAGACAAUUGUUCUUUUCCAUGUAGAUACAAAUGUGAAAAAUAAUGUAAUAAUCUUGUAUAUAUAUGUCUGU